UAUUUCGGAAAAGAAAGUAACAACCCCAACGAUAUUCUCUCUGUACACGGCUGGCGUCGUAUAGACAACAAUAAAGCAGCACAAACCCUUCUGAAUUUAAUUUACUCUCAAAUUUAUGACUAUUUUUGGCUUCUAAAUAUCAAUUUCAGCUUUAAGAAAAAUAAAACGCAGCAAUGGUUAAAGCAAGCAAAGCAGAGAUUCAUCCCGUGGUCGCUGAUUUUAUUGAUUUCUUAAAUGCUUCUCCCACUGCAUUCCAUGCUGUCGAUGAGGCCAAGAGGCGGCUGAAACAUGCCGGUUAUGAGCAGCUAUUCGAAAGAGAAGAUUGGAAUUUAAAGGAAGGUGGAAAGUACUUUUUUACGCGCAAUUAUUCAACCAUUAUUGCAUUUGCCAUUGGCCAAAAGUACACUGCAGGGAAUGGUUUUCACAUAGUAGGUGCUCAUACAGAUAGCCCUUGCCUCAAAUUGAAGCCUUAUUCUAAGGUUAGUAAAGGGGGAUUUCUGGAAGUUGCUGUUCAAACAUAUGGAGGUGGAUUGUGGCACACUUGGUUUGACCGAGAUUUGUCAGUUGCUGGCCGGGUGAUUGUAAAGCGAAAUAUUGAUGGUGCUCCGUCAUACAGUCAUGAGCUUGUUAGGAUCCAAGAGCCUAUACUCCGAGUACCCACUCUUGCUAUUCACUUAGACAGGGGUUCAAAUGAUGGAUUCAAAGUUAAUACACAGUCUCACCUUCUACCAGUUCUGGCAACAGCUAUCAAGGCUGAAGUUAAUAGGCAAGGAGAUUCAAAUGAAAAAUGCAUGACAACAACCAAUGGUGACCAAAAGUCAGAGAAAGAUCAGAAGGCUGCAGAAGGUGGAGAUUCUGAUAUUAAGAAGCAUCAUCUGCUUUUACUAGAGUUACUUGCCAGUAAGCUUGGCUGUAAACCAGAGGAAAUUUGUGAUUUUGAAUUGCAAUUAUGUGAUACACAACCAAGUGUGGUUGCUGGUGUUGAAAAAGAGUUUAUAUUUUCAGGCCGUCUUGACAACCUAUGCAUGUCAUUUUGUUCACUCAAGGCAUUGCUCGAUGGAACAGCAUCUGAAGAAUCGCUUCAAGAUGAGACUGGAGUAAGGAUGGUAGCUUUAUUUGAUCAUGAAGAAGUGGGUUCUAACUCUGCACAAGGUGCUGGCUCUCCUGUGAUGUUGGACGCUUUCUCAAGAAUAACCUCUUCUUUGAGUGCUUAUGACUCUAAGGUAUCACUUGAGAAAGUAAUCCAGAGAAGCUUUCUAGUAUCUGCUGACAUGGCACAUUGCUUGCAUCCAAAUUACAUGGACAAACAUGAAGAAAACCAUCAACCCAAGAUGCACAAUGGGCUCGUCAUAAAAAGUAAUGCAAAUCAACGCUAUGCAACUAAUGCCGUGACAUCCUUUAUUUUCCGAGAAAUUGGCAAAAAGCACAAGAUUCCUGUACAGGAUUUUGUGGUCCGAAAUGAUAUGGGAUGUGGAUCUACUAUAGGUCCGAUUUUGGCGAGUGGAGUGGGCAUUCGCACAGUAGAUGUUGGGGCACCACAGUUGUCAAUGCAUAGUAUACGAGAGAUGUGUGGGGUCGAUGAUGUAAUUUAUUCUUAUGAGCAUCUGAAAGCAUAUUUUGAGGAGUUUACAAAUCUUGAUUCUCAAAUCAAGGUUGACUUCUAAUUUCAUGCUAUAACUUGAUGUAAAAUUGUUCCCCAUUUGGUGUUGAUAUCCAAGUUGGGAAAAGAUAAAAGUUUACUCCACUUAAUGCAUGAAUUAUUAGUGUCUUAUUUAUUACUCAGUAGGUGCAUUCUGUUCAUGGCUUUUGUAAGGACGAUGAACAUAUCUCCGUUUCUCCAGCCAAGCUUGAAUCGUGUGCUAUAGAGAUGUUAUGUGCUUUGUUUAUUAUAAUAAUGAACGUGAAACAUUUGUGGUG